AUGAUGAAUUUAAAACCACCUAAAAGUUAAACUGAUAGUGCAUCGGAUAAUGGUAGUGUUAACAAAAUCAGUGACAAACAAAAGAUAUCGACUCUCAGAAAGGCAGUAUUGGAUUUAAGGGAAGAGAAAUCUCAAUUAAUGAAGCAGAUAGCAGAAUUAACACUAAAAAAUAAUGAACUAAUUAAGGAAAGAGAAGAUAUAGAAGAGAAGCAUAAUACUAUGAUGAGGGAUUAUUAACGUUAAUCAACAAUGAAUUCCUCUAGUUUAACGCAGUCUUUUCAUCAAACAGAACCUAUUCAUACUAGUGGUGAUUAAUCUAAAUAAAUAACUAAAUUCAAACAAGAAUUAGAGUCAACCAUUGCUAAUUAUGAAGCUCGAUUUUCUAUUUUGUAAACUGCCUAUAAGGAGAUAGAACGUGAUUUGAAGAACAAAGAGAUAUAAAAUUAGAAAUUGAUGAAGGAUGCUGAUGAAAAGACAGCAUUAAAUAAUUAACUCAAAAAGAACAUAGAAGAUAUUGAGAGAGAUUUAUUUAACAAAAUUAAGGAUUUAAAAGCUGAGAAGUUGGAAAUUCAAUUGAAAUUGAAGACUUUAGAUAAGGAUAUGCAAUAGAAAGAUGAAGAAUUGAGAGUGUUACAUAAAGGAUUGGAUGAUUCUAGAUUUACAGUGGCUCAACUAUAAGGAGAACUUGAAGAAACGAGGGGCAAGUUUCUUCAAUAUAAACUCAUUUUGCAUAAUUAAUUUUUGGAUAUUGAUUGUCUAUUUAUCUUAAGACAAAAUCUGUUUAAUGAUUACAUAUUCGAAAUAGAAACAGCAGCUUAGAAAUUCUAAUAUAAGGCUACUGACAUUACAGAUUUGAAGAUUAAGGAUGAAUCCUCAUUUCUUUUGACUGUUAAAUCAAGAAGCAAAGAAGAAAUCUUCAAAAUUACACCCAAUCAGGAUUUAAAGAAGAUUUGUAAAUCAAUUAAAAACUUUCUAUUAAAAGUUUAGCAAUACUAAAUCAAUUAGUAGCAGACUCAAGUACAGAGUCCAAGAAACAAUGGUCUCUUGGGUGGACUCAUGUCUAUUUUUGGAGGUAGUACAUCAUCAAAAAGUGGAAGCAACACAAAUAGUGAAAUAAAACAAAAAUGA